AUGCGUCUCUUGAAGUUCUUGCAUUAUCAGCGCUAUUUGGGCUUAAACAACUUGGACUACUCCACAGUCUCGAGGCAUUAUAUACUAAAAGGCAGCUGCGUAUCUCACAUGCUACAUUUACUUGUGCAAGCUGUUUUGAUUGCUUGCGUUUUGGCCACGUUUAUGCAGUGGUCGGUUAAUUAUCAGGCAACUGAUUCGCGAACUGGCGACAAUUUCGAUCAUUUGGUCAUCUUGGCUGCAUCGUUUACCCAAUUGAUUUCAAAUGCUUGGAUGCGCUUGCAUCAGCAGAUGCAACUGAAGCUGCUUAACAGGUUGAGCCGCGUGGCCACAUCUCUGCAAGCUGUUCAAUUGGAGAAGAUUCGCGCCCGUUGGCUCUACUAUCUUUGGCUGGCAAUUUGCCUGUACUACGCCUUGGAUAUUGUCUUUUUCGUAGUAUUCGAUAUGGACAUGAAGCGAGAUAAUUUAAUUUUUCUACUUGGCUUCUAUGUACGCCUCGUCUGUGCAAAUUUCAUCAUCAUCUGCUACAGCUCACUGGUGUGUCUAGUGAAGCAUCUGUUUCGCGCCCAAGCAGCCCAGCUGCGACGACAACUGCGCAAUGAUCGGAUCUGCCUGCGACACAUAGCCAACAAUUUGAAGCUGAAUGAUGAGCUUAUGCUCCUAUGCCAGGAUGAGUUGGUGAAUGUCUUUGGCGGUGCUCUAAUUCUGCCCUAUCUAUAUGGGACGCUCGAUGCCACCGAAGUUUGCUAUCUGGCUCUGCCCAUGGAUGGUUUCUCCUAUAUAGAAAUGUUACUGCUGCUCCGGUGGAUGAUACCAAUUUGCAUAUUCCUUAGCAUGCCGAUGAUAAUCAACGAUUUGGCUGAUGAGAUAUUAGUUAAUAUCUGGUUACGUGUCAAACAGGAGUCGCAGUUGAUUAUCCUUAACCGGUUAACUGAUUGGUCCAGGGACUUGGGAGUAAAUACCUUGGAACUGAAUCACCCUAAAUGGCUCUAUCGCAUCUGGGUAGCCAUUUCCAUCCUCUAUGCUUGCGAUAUUGUUUUCGCACGUUUCUAUUUUAAUGUUAAUCAAAGUUUCGGGUACUACCUCGCCAUGUCGGGCUACAUUGUGCUUCUCGUGCGCACCAACUACAUCAUUUUGUGCUACACAGCAAUGGUCAAUCUGGUAAUGGUGCUGCUGGAGCAAUAG